UCAGUGAAAGUAGCUGUCGGUAGCCUCCGGGACCACACUCCGGGAGGUCGUACCUGAAUUAUUCUCUGCGUUUCCUCUCGAUCGUUCUUGAGUCUUCCGUUUCCGCGUUGUGAGGAAAAGUCUUCACCGACAUGGGGGGCGGAGACCUGAAUCUGAAGAAGAGCUGGCACCCGCAGACCCUCCGCAAUGUGGAGAAAGUGUGGAAGGCCGAGCAGAAGCACGAGGCUGAGCGGAAGAAGAUUGAGGAGCUUCAGCGGGAGCUGCGAGAGGAGAGGGCCCGGGAAGAGAUGCAGCGCUAUGCAGAGGAUGUUGGGGCCGUCAAGAAAAAAGAAGAAAAACUAGACUGGAUGUACCAGGGUCCCGGUGGGAUGGUGAACCGUGAUGAGUACCUACUGGGGCGCCCCAUUGACAAAUACGUUUUUGAGAAGAUGGAGGAGAAGGAGGCAGGGUGUUCUUCUGAGACUGGACUUCUCCCAGGUUCUAUCUUUGCCCCAUCUGGUGCCAAUUCCCUUCUUGACAUGGCCAGCAAAAUCCGGGAAGACCCGCUCUUCAUUAUCAGGAAGAAGGAGGAAGAGAAAAAAAGAGAGGUAUUGAAUAAUCCUGUGAAAAUGAAGAAAAUCAAAGAAUUGUUGCAAAUGAGUCUGGAAAAAAAGGAGAAGAAGAAAAAGAAGGAGAAGAAAAAGAAGCACAAGAAACACAAGCACCGAAGCUCGAACAGUGAGCGUUCCAGUAGCGAGGAUGAGCGUAGCCGGGGGAGAUCUCAAAAGAAGAUGGCCAAUUCCUCCCCCGUUUUGUCCAGAGCCACUGGAUAUGGCUUACAGAUCAGGGACUCCAACCAUAGCCAGAGACUGCAGGGUCCUCUGAUGGCUGAGCCAAAGGGAGUGCACGACUUGAAGAACCAUUCCAGGUCCAGAAGCUCCUCCCAUUCACCUCCCAGACAUGCCAGCAAGAAGAGCACCAGGGAAGCAGGGUCCCGGGACAGGAGGUCUAGGUCCCCAGGCAGACGGUCACGGUCUCCAAGGCCCAGCAAACUGCACAAUUCUAAGGGAAACAGGAAAGAGAGGGGCCGAACUAAGAGCCCAUCACCUAAAAAAGAGGUCUACCAAAGGCGGCAUGCUCCCGGAUACACCAGAAAACUCUCAGCAGAUGAACUAGAGCGAAAACGGCAAGAAAUGAUGGAAAAUGCCAAAUGGCGGGAGGAAGAGAGGCUGAACAUCCUCAAGAGGCACAUGAAGGAUGAAGAGCGGGAGCAGAGGCUGGAGAAGCUGGACUCCUGGGACGGGAAGUUUAUCCACCGCAUGAAGCUAGAGAGCGCAUCUACUUCCUCCCUGGAGGAUCGGGUGAAGCGAAAUAUCUACUCUCUACAGAGAACUUCAGUAGCUCUGGAGAAGAACUUUAUGAAAAGAUGAAAGUCAUCCCCUCUCUUGCUGGUUUUCCUGAGUUUUCCAGGGAGGCUGCUGACCCCUUAAAAAUUCUCUUUAUAAGAGUUCAAAUGACUUCUUCCAAAGAUGUCAGACCACCACUGUUCAAAGUGACCCUCCUCCAUCGAUUCCUGGCACAGCUCACUCCCUCCGAGAACAGGUGUGACUUGCUUUAUGGGACCUGUCAGUCCCUCAGGAGCUUUGGCUGGGUGUAGAGUGAGUUUGACUGAGUUUUUUGAUGGGUAACUGUCUUGGUGUGAGUACCUGUCCUGCUCUGGAAGGCUGCUGCCUGGGGUUGUCACACUUACCUGGACCACCUGUGUGUCCAGGCCCAUUCCACCACCUCUGUAGACCGGACUUUUCAGAAACCUCUCUCUCCAGAGUCACCCAGGUAGCUUGCACUUAGUAGUAAUAUACCGCUUAGCCGGGGUAAAUGAAGAUUCACUUGAUUCGUUAGAUAAUGUGAGACUGAUGUCAGGUUAAGGAAGAGUGAAGAACCAUUUGGAAGGGAAAAUCAUACCAAAAAAAAAAAAAAAAACCUCUGAAUGGACUGUUAAACUCAAGUUUGGUCUUUCUUUUGAACUGUAAAAGUGUAGUGUGUAUAUGUGCAAAAGUAUAAUUUUUACAUGCUUUUAAAACAUUUUAAUUCUGUGAGAAUAUCUUGUUUGGUAAGUACUUUAAUAUGUAAUGGAAUCACACUGAACCUUACUAGUGAGUAGUACAGUAAGGCAGUCAGUUUUUUUUUUUCUCUCUGAAUCUGGCUGGUUUAGGAAGUAGUGUAUCUGUCCUUUCACACAGCACUGUGUAGGGUCUCUAAUGUGGUCAGUGCAGUGGUAAAGUCAAAGGAUUUUAGGAGUCAGGACCAAAUUACCAAUGUGGACCCGAGUUCUUAAAAGAAAAUAAAGUAGAAGCUGUUUA